CUGUCGCAUAAGCCGCUUCGAGAACCUUUGUUCGUCUGUCUGCUUGCUCGCUCUCCUGUCGACCUAGCCCGCCGCUGCCUGCUGAGCUUGCCCUCUCCCCGCUUGCAGACAUGGCUGACAUCAAGAACACCCCCGAAUAUUCUUCGUUUUUCGGUGUCAUGGGCGCCUCGUACGCCAUGGUCUUCAGCGCCAUGGGAGCUGCCUAUGGCACAGCCAAGAGUGGCACUGACAUGGCAGUCGUGCGGGUCCUGAGGCCAGAGCUGAUCAUAAAGUCCAUCAUCCCCGUGGUUAUGGCUGGGAUCAUCGCCAUCCACGGCCUGGUGGUGGCAGUACUUAGCGAUAACUCCCUGACUGAUGGCAUCACCCUCUACAGGAGUUUUCUUCAACUGGGCGCUGGCCCGAGUGUGGGGCUGAGUGGCCUGGCUGCUGGCUUCAUCAUUGGCAUCGUCGGAGAUGCUGGUGUCCGGGGCACUGCCCAGCAGCCUUGACUGUUCGUGGGCGUGAUCCUAAUCCUCAUCUUUGCAGAGGUGCUUGGUCUCUACGGUUUCAUCGUGGCCCUAAUCCUUCCCACAAAGUGGUCUUCUUCCACCACCGGUCACAGGAUAGGAUGUAAAGAUCACCCCCUCCUCAUUCCAGCAGGAACAGCCUGACACAUGCGCGAGCAGCUGCCCCCUCAGUAGUUGGUCUUGUAAAUGUGGGCCGUCCUAGUGCCCAUUGUCUGUUGCCCCGCCUUGCCCCUACUGCCCCGUGCUGUGGACAUCUGGACCCACUCAUCUCCCACCCAGGCCCCUGACCAGUGACGAUGUCAGCCUCUGGUCACCCCACCCAUCGCCCUAGAGUGCGCCUUGUGUAUAAGAAUGAACUAGAGUUGUCAUUUUUCUCUUCAACUGGAUGUUUAUUUAUAAAAGAUUUGACCUAUUCAUGGGUCUGUGGAGCAGCCCUGUCUCCCAACUCUACAGUAACCAUUCGUAGACUGUUGCCUU